GUGCAGCAGCAGUGUGUCCCCAUCACGAAGCGAGAGAGAGAGGGAGAGAGAAAGAGGGGGGGCUGAACGGAGAGCAACAUCACCGCCUUUUCCACCCAGCAUCUCCACCUACCAGCACCGAACUCCAGUGGAAACACGCAAGUACACUCAGACUGUCCUCCGCCGUCCAGAGUUCCCCUUCUUCCUCCUCAAAAUGUCCGUGGGCAGUGACUUUGGGAACCCUUUAAGAAAAUUCAAACUCGUCUUUCUCGGGGAGCAAAGUGUUGGAAAGACGUCUCUGAUCACACGGUUCAUGUAUGACAGCUUUGACAACACAUAUCAGGCCACAAUUGGAAUUGACUUCCUGUCGAAAACCAUGUACUUGGAAGAUCGAACGGUGAGGUUGCAGCUCUGGGACACGGCGGGACAGGAGCGCUUCAGGAGCCUCAUUCCCAGUUACAUUCGGGACUCCACUGUGGCUGUGGUGGUCUACGAUAUUACAAACGUUAAUUCAUUCCAGCAGACGUCAAAAUGGAUCGAGGAUGUGAGAACAGAGAGAGGAAGUGAUGUCAUCAUUAUGCUCGUCGGCAAUAAGACAGACCUGGCAGAUAAGAGGCAAAUCACAAUUGAGGAAGGUGAACAGAGGGCUAAAGAGCUGAGUGUCAUGUUCAUAGAGACCAGCGCCAAGACGGGUUAUAACGUCAAACAGCUGUUUCGGCGUGUGGCAGCUGCUCUCCCAGGAAUGGAAAGUAUGCAAGAAACAAGCAAAGAAGGGAUGAUCGACAUCAAGUUGGACAAACCGCAGGAGCCGCAGACUACUGAAGGCGGCUGUUCCUGUUAAUACUCGGCACCGCCCCGGAAAGACGUCAUUUACACCACAUGCUUGUUAUGUUGCUUCCUAUUGGUUAACCUGCAGUUGACUUUGCACGUUGAGAAUCUGGCCUCCUCACCUGACUCUUCUGGUCAUCGGUUGGAACUAGCAAUAUGUGAAUUUGGUUCUAAAGUAGUUUAGCCUACUUUGUUAAUGAAACUGCCAAAAAGUCUUACAACUUGCAAAAAAAAAGAAAAAAAAAAUCCCCGAGUUGCAUAUGUGGGUACAAUUUUUUUUAAGUAGAAAAGGAAGUUUCCCCGGUUUCUUUUUUGUAUAUUUUUGUAUAUUCAGGGAAAUCUCUCUGGAAAGGUUGUUUUUUUAAAAGAUGCAACAACUCAGCUCUGCGUUUGAGAGCUUGAUGAUAGACGAUGGUUUUAGGAGGAUCGUUAUGGAUCCCGCUCUUCUUACAGGCAAAAACUGAAAUGUUGACCACGCAAAACUCUCCCCUGACCUGUCACAUACACUUAAACGCCUCACGGCUCAUUAUUUAAACUUAAAUAUUUUCAAUCUUAAGCCUGAACCUUGCGAUCGCCGCAGUCACGGCGCUCCUGCCUGUAACAACUGCGGGAUCCAUAACUUUACCUUCUAGACGUGACAGGACAAACUGAACAGUAACAUCUUGAGUAUCUAAUGCAUGCCUAGUUUUUCAGCAUAGGUACUGUCUACCAGUGUACACAAGUUUGAAUAUGUAAAUGGUAACAUUACACCAGUGACUUAAUGCACUCAUAAUGACUAGCCCACGUCUUUUUGUUCCUGGAAACUGUUGAACUGGAUUUGUAUACUUGACUUCAGAGUACCUUUUUGUCGUGCGUGUGUGUAAAUGUGUGCUUUCUGUAUAGGCAACGUUAGAGUGCUGUUAUUUAGAGGGCCACCGCCACGUCGCGUCAUUCUUGCCACAUUACAGCACCAUUUAGGCCUCCGUUUGUUUGCAGCGCGUCAUAGACUCGCCCGCUCACCGCAGUUUGACAGCUGCUGUUGCGUUGUGUGAUAUCUCGUAGUUGUGAUUAUGGUAGUCUGCACAUACGCUGUAAGUGAGCAGUGGAGAUUCAGAGCCUUUGCCUUGUGUCACAGAGGGACGUCAACGCAAAGUUGUGAUCUGGACACUUUAAUGCAGGUUCUGCGACCAAAACAGACCUUUAACAUUGUAAAUCAGUGCAUCGCUUCAUUCCGGACAAAAGACUAAUUUGCACACGUAGGCCUUUCAGGUUGGUAUGAAGUUCUGAAAAGCUUCAUUGUAAAUGUACAGUCACUUAAUUCAAGAGCUGUCUGAUUGUCAUAGAAACUGUCGCACGACGUGUCCCCACUGAGAUGAGGUUUUCUUUGCUGCUCGUGUUUAAACUGACUACUGACGUUGGCAUUAUGCAAUGUUGCUUAAAUUUGUUCUUUUUGUUUUGUUUCGUUUGGUUUUCUUCUUAGAGCCAGGUGUCAUAACGUUCUGCUGGUGAGGUCAGCCAGUGUCGAGAACACUACUUUGAUUUGACUCGUCUUUGAAGUGAAAUCUUACUGCACUUUUUAAGAACAUGUUUUAGAACUAGAGUGACGACGGAAGUCUUAGAAACAUGGUUAAAAAAAAAAAAAACAUUACCUCCAGAACAUUUGGAGAACUGUGUCUUAGAGUAGAGUCCAACAUCCAUGACUUGUUCACACGUGUCCAAAAAUGGGAGCACUCUCGUGAAAACUAGUGAACGUUUUUAA